CUUCCCCACCGACACCUCAAACCCCUCUCUUCUUCGUUUCUCUUCUCCAGCGGCGACGAACGACCAAGCUUUCCCCUUCUCCUUCUCAAGCACCGCAACCUUUGUUUCCUCCUGCCGCACCUCUUCUCCUCCUCCAGCAAGGGCAGAUAGCACAGUUUUCUCCUCUGCUUCCUCUUCUCUGCUUCUCGACAGAACUGUUGAAGCUCCUCGGAGUUCACCGGAGCUCGCCAAACCACCGGGAAAAGAGGGGAAACAAAACCCUAGUUGCUCUCUCCUUUUUCCCCACCAACAGCAGCAGUUUUACUGCCUUUUGUUUCCUCCAACAGCAACCCUAGCUGCUGUCCUUUUAUUGGCAGCGUCGUCGUUGUUCGCCGGAGCUUGCCGCAGCUUGCCGGAGUUGCCGACAAAGAACCUUAAUUGCUGCCCUAAUUUCCAGCAGCCACACAAAACCCUUAGAAGAUCCGAGCUCGAGUGGAGCACGGUGACCUGCCGAUACUCGGAGAUUUUUGUUGUAUAUAAGGCAAUGCCACGAGCCCGUGGUCGCGGUUGGGGCAGUAGCCGUGCCCGUAGUCGCAGUCGUGGUCGCGACAGUGGUAGUGGUCGCGGUCGUGGUCGUGCAUGUCAGCGUGCCACUACUACUGAUCUUGGUUUGGAUGAGGCUCCUAUCUCCCCAUCUGAGUUGAUACCGGGAGCUCAGGUUGGUCCCAGUAUUGGAGUUGGUGGUCAGACUGAGGGACAACCUCAUCUUGUUGCAGCUCAGGUAGCCGUACCAGCCAUUCCUACAACAUCGUUUAUUAUGGAAAAGGCCCGAAUUCCUUUGCUUGCUAGUUCAGCAAAGGAUCGUUUUACGCUGUUCCAUGGAGGCACCGAUCCUUGGGUGGCGCGUACAUGGUUGGAGGAUAUUGAGGCCACUUUUGGAUACAUGUCCUGUUCAGACACAGAGAAGGUAGAGCUAGCCGCUUAUCAUUUUCGAGGGCAAGCAUCCACAUGGUGGAAGAUGCAAAAGACAGUCUUUGGUGAUCAGAUUAUCUCUUGGCAGUCUUUUCGAGAGGCGUUCGAGAGACAGUAUUUUCCUGCAGCAUUUUGUGUUGCUCGACGCCAGGAAUUUAUGAGUCUCAAGCAGGGUGACCGAAGUGUGCUAGACUAUAGUGCAGAAUUUAGCAGACUUGCUGAGUUUUGCCCACAUAUGGUUGCUCAGGACUCAGACCGUAUGUUUCACUUUACAAAGGGACUGGCAGCAUAUAUUCGGAUCAGGAUGUCUGGAUUUCCUGUUACUACUUAUCGAGAGGCACUUGAUCGAGCCAUAUUUAUUGAGAUGACUCAGCAGCAAGUCUCUCAAGAAAGAGAAGCCAGCCGACAGACCUCGCAUAGCUCACACUCUAGACAGCAGAGUCGAGGUCGUCGAUCUCGUGGUCAGGAUACGACUAGAGAGUCUUCACGGUCACGAAAGGUGGCCAAAGUAUCACAGGGAUCUAGUCGCCCAGUUCCAUCACAGCGGGGCCAGAUAUCAGUGAAGUGUUUUCAAUGUGGUGCACCAAAUCACCUGGCAUCAGAAUGUCCACUGGAUAAGAGUAUAUGUUUUUAUUGUAAACUGCCAGGACAUAUGCAGAAAGAUUGCACUUUGAAGGCACAACAUCAAGCAGGAGGAUCACAGUCUCAGCAGGUUCGACCUACCUCACGACCUCCACAGUCUCGGCGAUCAAGGAGACCAGUAUACCACGCUGUGUUUGCCCUACUUCAGUUAAAUCUAACUCUGAAAACUGUCUGACUAGAUCUGUAACUGCCACCCUGUGAGUUGCCAAUACUCCUCUAGACUUCCUGCUCAAUGCAUCUGCGACUACAUUAGCUUUUCCAGGAUGGCAGUUGAUAGUGCAGUCAUAGUCUUUCAGAAACUCCAUCCACCUUCUCUGUCGAAGGUUUAACUCUUUCUGAGUGAAAAGAUAUUUCAGACUCUUGUGAUCGGUGAAUAUCUCAAAGGUAAUACCGUAGAGAUAAUGUCUCCAAAUUUUAAGGGCAAAAAUGAUGGCUGCUAAUUCUAAAUCAUGCACGGGAUAAUUCUUCUCAUGAUCUUUUAGCUGACGAGAAGCAUAAGCUACUACUCUAUCAUACUGCAUCAAAACUGCCCCUAAUCCUUGAAUAGAUGCAUCCGUGUAAAGAAUGAAUCCAUCAUCUCCGGAGGGAAAAACUAAUACUGGAGAACUCACCAAUCUCUGCUUGAGCUCUUGGAAGCUUGCUUCACAAGCCUCAGACCAAGUAAACUUGACUCCUUUUCUAGUCAAUCGAGUCAAAGGUGCAGCAAUACUAGAAAAUCCUUCCACAAAUCUCCGAUAGUACCCAGCUAAUCCGAGAAAGCUACGAAUUUCCUGCACUGACUUUGGUUGUUCCCAUCGGUCAACUGCUUCAAUCUUCUGGGGGUCUACUGAAAUCCCUUUGCUAGAGAUUACAUGCCCUAGAAAUCCCACAGAACUCAGCCAAAAAGCACAUUUACUGAACUUAGCAUAUAAGCGUUCCUUCCGUAAAGUUUCUAGAACUAUUCUGAGAUGUUGUUCAUGCUCCUUUUCUGAUCGCGAAUAUACCAGAAUGUCAUCAAUAAAGACAAUAACAAACCAGUCUAAAUAUUCUAAGAAUACCCGGUUCAUCAGAUCCAUAAAAGCUGCAGGAGCAUUGGUAAGUCCAAACGGCAUUACCAAAAACUCAUAAUGUCCAUAUCGAGUACGGAAGGCAGUCUUCUGAAUAUCUGUAUCUCUAACUCGUAACUGGUGAUAGCCUGAUCUUAAAUCAAUUUUUUAGUACACACAGGUACCUUUAAGCUGAUCAAACAAAUCAUCUAUUCUAGGUAGAGGAUACUUGUUCUUGAUAGUUACAGAGUUUAACUGCCUAUAAUCAAUACAGAGCAGGAGGAUGGGAAAAAUAUUUUUAUUUAAUUCCUGAAAUUUAUUUAAUU